UUUCCUGCAGGGCUCGGCAGAUACAGGAACAACGCUCUCCUGUGCCACCGGUGCUGCAAGCCAGAGCUACACCAUCCUGGCAUGGACUCCUACCCUCUGUCCGCACGGUGGAACGUUUUCAAGCCCCAUCUGGCCUAGGAGACACCGGGUAGGACAAGAGUCCCUCACGACGCGGCACCAAACCCGGUCUCCGACCCCCGGCCGCCCCUGCGCGGGCCCCACCAUGGCCGAAGCGGAGUAUGACGUGCCGCCACCGCCCGAGACCAUGGCGGAGACCCCACCCCGCGGCGACGCGGGGAUUCCUUAGGGCGGGGCCUCCUCCUCCGGCCACAGACGUCUGCGCGUAGCCCCGCCCCUAUAUAAGGGUCGGCCCAAGCGCGGCGCCGGGAGCGUGGCCGCGCCUCUCCUGCAGCAGACCCGCGGAGCCGGCGCCAUGGCAGACCAGUCUUUUGUGACUCUAGCCACAAAUGACUCCUAUGUGAAAGGAGCACUGGUACUUGGCUCAUCUUUGCAACAGUACAGAACAACAAGGAAGCUGACUGCACUCAUAACUCCUCAGGUCUCAGAUCUUAUGAGGAGAGUACUGGAAAAAGUCUUUGAUGAAGUCGUAUUGGUGAAUGUCUUGGAUAGUGGGGACUCAGCACACUUGGCAUUAAUGAAAAGACCUGAGCUGGGUGUCACCCUAACAAAGCUUCACUGCUGGGCACUGACACAGUUUUCAAAAUGUGUUUUCAUGGAUGCAGACACAAUGGUUUUGUCAAAUAUUGAUGAGCUUUUUGAGAGAGAAGAGCUAUCUGCAGCACCAGAUCCAGGCUGGCCUGACUGUUUUAAUUCUGGAGUCUUUGUUUACCGACCUUCCAUUGAAACAUACAAUCAGCUGUUACAGUUUGCCACAGAGAAAGGCAGCUUUGAUGGUGCAGAUCAGGGGUUAUUAAACACUUUCUUCAGCAGCUGGGCAACAACAGACAUGAGCAAACAUCUACCAUUUAUUUAUAAUUUGAGCAGCACUUCGGUAUAUUCCUACCUUCCAGCAUUUAAAGCGUUUGGUGCAAAUACUAAAGUGGUGCAUUUCCUGGGAAGCACAAAGCCAUGGAACUAUACAUAUGACUCCAGAACAAAAAGCAUAAAAGGCAACAUGGACGACCCUAAAAUAGUUCACCCAGAAUUCCUCAACAUGUGGUGGAAUACCUAUACAGCUGAUGUUUUACCAUUACUAGAACAGCAUGGAAUUGUUGAAGAAAUUACUACAGGUGUAAACAUGGCAGAGGUUACAGAGGCAGUGUCCCACAUAUCAAUAUCGGCACCAUCACCAGUAUUACCAACUAUAUCUUCAGAAGAACGCAAAGAACGGUGGGAACAGGGCCAAGCUGACUAUAUGGGAGUGGAUUCCUUUGACAACAUCAAGAAGAAACUUGAUACCUACCUUCAGUAGAAACGCCUGUCUCAAAACAGUGGUGAUGCAAGGACUUGUUCCAGAACUAACAGCUAGAAAGGUGUAGAUGGUGGUCAGUUACACUUGCUAGUAGCUUGAUGAAAAACUUCUUGGCUGAAGGCCUCUGCAGUGCUACAGAUGAAGACUGAGCAAAAGCUAGGAAGCAGAAUUCCUUGGGCCACCUAUUACUGCCCAAUUUCCAAUUCUCCCUACUAGAUAAUACCAGGUAUUUUCAGCUUAAAUUUUCUUCUGUUGUGAUCAAUUGGCUCAACAUACUCCUUGAAACUGGGUUUGUUACCUCACCUUAUUAAGGUGAUAUUUAGCAUUGAUUCCCUUUGCUUGCUGUUUUAGAUGUAAAAUCUAAUUCAUGGGAUUGCUCAUACACUAGAGUGGUAGCCAUUCUGCUUUACCAUAAAUAUAUUUAUGACACUGGGAUACAUACAGAUGUAACAGUAACAGCACUGCUUUGCUCUUCCAGUCACAAUUGCACUGAAGUUUUGACCAGGUUCUUACGCACAGUGCCUACAGCAUGGCAGGAAUGCAUUUUUCGGUUCUGUAUACUACGGGACUACUAUAAACUGAGUUUUAUCUGUUACUUGCAAUGUUGCACUUGAUGCAAAAAUAAAAGCUGUCAUGCAUUUCUGGCUUCCUUAAGCUCUUGAGCAAUUGAGGGGUUAAAAAAAGAAAGAGAAAGCUCUGAAGCAGUCUAAUAUAUUCAACAGGUAUAAACCUUAACCUUUGCUAAUGCUAGUCUACCUGUCAUUAGCAAAUGUCCAGCUUUUAGCUCUGUAAUUAUUUACAGAGUAUACAGUCACUUGCCAGGGUGCUGUUUAGGGCCAAUCUUCUGAUUCGAUUGCCGUAAGUAGAGGAUUGGGUAGUGGAGGAAGUACCUGC